CAAACAAAUCUAUGUUAGACAUGUCGGAAUCUGUACUAACGGCGAUGUAUAGUUGGUUCACACCGACAGUACUCUUCGUCUUCCUCAACCUAAUGAUUGGUACCAUCGCCAUUAGCUCUUCUUUCUCUUCCAAAUCCAAUGAUUCAAAUCAAACUCAGAUCCAACGCUCUCCUUCCAUGAUUCAUCGUCUCAAAUCCAUAAACUUCUCUUCUUUCACUUCUCCAGACAAAAUUCAUCUCGAGUUUCCUCCUUCAACACCCGAAGACAACAACUCUCACCAACCAGCUUCAAUCGAACAGAAUCAACCGUUCUUGUCUAGAUCUCCUUCUGUUCUUCAUAGAAUCAAAUCUUUCAAUCUUUAUAACUUCAUUUCACAAGAACCCACCAAUAUAAUCGAAGCUCCACCACCGUCGGUGACCAUAGAGUCAAAACAAGAAGAAGAACAAGUACAAGUACAAGAACAAGAACAAGAAGAAGAAGAACAGAGUCUUGAAGAGGUUUAUAGUAAACUCAAUCUAAACCAUGUUGCUAGGACAAAAUCUGACACUGAACCAGCUGCUGGAAUUAAACCUCCGAAGCUUCCAAAGAAGAUGAAGAAAUCUGCUAGUACCAAAUCUCCAUUCUCUCACUUUCAAGAAGAUGAAAUCUCCGUCGAGGCUCGUCGUCCUGCGACGGUGAAAGCACCGAGAGUUACGACGGUGGAAGAAGCUGAUGAAGAAGUAGAUGCUAAAGCUGAUGACUUCAUCAACCGAUUCAAGCAUCAGUUGAAGUUACAGAGAAUUGAUUCCAUUACUAAGUAUAAGGAGAUGGUGAAGAAAAGAAACGACAAGUGAUAAAAAUAAAACUCUUGGGGUUGU